AAGGCUGGCAGUGUUUAGCACUCUUCUCUCAGAGCCAGUUAACAAAAUGAUGGAGGCACGGCGUCUGGAAAAACAACGCCGCGAGUCAGCCAAAAGCAAGGCCGCCUCGCAGCUGCCCUCCAGCCAGGAGCAGGAGUUCAAUCUGCGUCUAAUCGAUCUCUAUCGGUCGCAGGAAUGCCUGUGGAACACCUCGCUAACGGAGCACAGCGACGCCGAACGUAAAAGCCGGGCCUGGGAGGAGAUUGCCGCCGGUAUGGGUAGCCAUCUGAGCGCCGCCUUCGUCCGCAGCCGAAUGCGCAAUUUGCGCUACAAGCUCAACGUGUACAAGCUUCAGGUGAUCGAGUUCCAGAUGAUGCCCGGCAAGUUGAAAAUGCCGCCGGAGAAGCCCUAUUUCGUGGAUCGCUUGGAUUUCCUGGACGGUGAAGCCAACUCCGGCUCCUCCACAGAGCCUUCAAGGGCCAGGCCAGCCGAUGGCACUUCACCGGAAAGAUUGGGCAACCUUUGGUCCAACUUUGAUCUGAAGAAGCCGCUGGAGACUUUGACCAAGCUGAGCAGGGAGGCGCCAGCUGCUGUGCCCCGUUCUGGUCCCAGCAUUGCCGCCACGGUCAAGCAGCGCCUGGAGAGUCAGAUGAAGCCUCUGGAGUUCCUUGUGCCGCGUGGCACCAUCUCACGGCUGCAGCGUCAGCUGAGAAGCUCGAGGUUGCCGGAACAGAGCAGCUCCUCUGGCAGCGUGGCUUUGUCGGAGACUCCCAUCGAAUUGCAGGCUCGCCCGGGGGAGUCCAUUUCCCUGACGAAGCUGGCCUGGAAGCGGCAGAUGUAUCAGCUCCAGGAGCAGGAGCAUCCCACAACAUCCAGAAAUGCCCGGGAGUCUGUUGAGUCCGAGGACGAGGAGCUGUAUAGCCUUCAUUGGAAUAUGCGGCGGCAGCGACGUUCGCUUCGUCUGGACAGUAGCGAACCUGGACAGGAUUUGGGUCCAACCCUGCCGGCCGGUCUGCGUUCCAGCCAAGCCGAUGAGCCCAAUCCCGAUGUAUUCUAGCCCAGCGAAGUCAUUAAAUUAACUUUAUUGUGUUUACGCAGUUCGAACUUGACGAUCGGGGAGCCUUUAUUGGGCUUUAUUUUUGCGUCAAUAAAUCAAGCAGUAAUCAGAGCAAGGACACACGUCCUUGAAUGUAA